GCAUCAGUUGUGAAUGGACGCUGUGCUCAGGAAAUCAGAGGACGCUUCAGUAAAAUCCAGUGCUGUUGUGACCGUGGCCGCUGCUGGAGUCAGAGGACAGCUCUUCAAAUGUGUCCUGUACCAGGAUCAGAUGAAUAUGUCAGCAUCUGUCUGGUGGGCUCUGCUCUGAGUGGUUACAGCAAAGAGGAUCCUGAUAUGAACCCUCAACACCACAGCAGCUUCAAUCCUACCACUAAUGACCAAAUACUUCACCCAUUUAAUGACAAUGGGCACAUGAUACCUCAGAUUCACCAGACUCUUCAAAUUUCCCAAAUACCUCAGAUCCCAGGGAAUGGUAAUAGAUUUAAAACACAACAACCUGUUUUUGUUAGUGUAAAUGAGACCAUGAACAGGUGUCGCCUGUUUCCAAAUCUGUGUCUAAAUGGACGCUGUGUACCCAUGGGGUCUGACUACCGCUGUGACUGUAACACUGGAUACAGAGAGGACAACAGAGGAGAGUGCUCAGAUGUAGAUGAGUGUGCGUUUGAACCCUGCACUAAUGGACACUGUAUCAACACUCCUGGUUCCUACUACUGCAGAUGCCACACAGGCUUUCUCAGAGUUCCAGGAAAACAGACCUGCAUUGACGUUGACGAAUGUCUUCAGAAUGGGGUGCUGUGUAAGAACGGCCGCUGUCUGAACACAGAGGGCAGUUUUCAAUGCAUCUGUAACGCAGGAUUCAAGCUCACACCUGAUGGGAGAAACUGCAUAGAUAAUGAUGAAUGUGCCGCCACAAACAUGUGUCUUAACGGAAUGUGCAUCAAUGAAGACGGCAGCUUUAAAUGUGUAUGUAAACCUGGAUUCACCCUCAACUCCAGUGGCCGAUACUGUACAGAUAUCGAUGAGUGCCAGACUCCAGGUGUGUGUAUGAAUGGACAGUGUGUAAACACAGAGGGCUCUUUCAGGUGUGAGUGUUUUGCUGGUCUUACUGUAGGAGUAAGUGGCCGCAUAUGUGUAGACACACACAUGCACAGCACCUGUUAUGGAGCUGUAAAAAGAGGCUUAUGUUUACGGCCCUUCCAGCGAGCUGUCACCAAGUCACAGUGCUGCUGUGCCAACCCUGACUAUGCCUUUGGUGAGCCGUGCCAUCCCUGCCCUAGCAAAAACUCAGUUGAGUUUCAGGCCCUGUGUGCGAGCGGUGUUGGAUUUUCUGCUGAUGGCAAAGACAUUAAUGAGUGUGCUCUGGAUCCUGAUAUCUGCUCUAAUGGAGUGUGUGAGAAUCUCAGAGGAACUUUCCACUGCGUCUGUAACAGAGGCUAUGAAAGUGACCAGACUGGCAGAAACUGUCUGGAUAUUGAUGAAUGUGUAAUAAACAGUCUCCUAUGUGAUAACGGCCUGUGCCGGAAUGUUCCUGGCAGCUACAGCUGCACCUGCCCGGACGGAUACACCUUUAGACACGACACAGAGACGUGUGAGGACGUGAAUGAGUGUGCGAGCAGCCCGUGUGUUAAUGGACUCUGUAAAAACAGUGCGGGUUCCUUCUCCUGUGAGUGCUCACUAGGAAGUAAACUGGACUCUACUGGACUUUUAUGUGUUGACAGUCUGAAGGGCUCGUGCUGGUUGACCCUCAGGGACGGCCGCUGUGAAGUGAACAUUAAUGGAGCUACACUGAGGUCACAGUGCUGUGCCACGCUGGGAAAGGCCUGGGGCAGCCCAUGUGAACCAUGUCAAACCGAUCCUGUAUGUGAACAAGGAUUUGCUCGGCCAAGAGGGGCUUCAUGUGAAGACGUGAAUGAGUGUGAGGUGUUUCCUGGUGUGUGUCAUAAUGGACAGUGUGUGAACACUAGAGGUUCCUUUAAAUGUCAGUGUCCAGAGAGUCUUACACUGGAUGUCACUGGACGUCUCUGUGUGGAUGUUCGCUCAGAACCCUGUUUCCUAACCUACGAUGAAGAUGUGUGUACGCAGCCGGUACCAGGACGGUUCCGUAUGGAUGUGUGUUGCUGUACGGUGGGUUUAGCCUGGGGCAAAGAUUGUGACUUAUGCCCUGAGCCUGGCACACGGCAGUUUGACGCUCUGUGCCCAAGAGGACCAGGCUUCGCCAACAAAGGCGACAUGCUCACUGGCAGAGCUGUUUAUAAAGAUAUAAAUGAGUGUAAAGUUUUCCAAAGCAUCUGUAUUCAUGGAAAAUGUCGGAACACCAUUGGAAGCUUCAGAUGUCGUUGCGACAGCGGGUUUGCACUGGAUACCAAUGAGCAAAACUGCACAGAUAUUGACGAGUGCAAGAUUUCUCCUGAUGUUUGUGGUCAUGGCAUGUGUGUGAACACACUGGGCAGUUUUCAGUGCAACUGUUUCCCUGGCUAUGAGAGUGGAUUUAUGAUGAUGAAGAACUGCAUGGAUAUUGAUGAGUGUGAAAGAAACCUCUCACUGUGCAAUGGAGGCACUUGUGAAAACACUGAUGGCAGCUACAAGUGUGUGUGUCCACUGGGUCAUCAGCUGUCUGUGGAUGGCAGUGCCUGUGAAGAUGUGAACGAGUGUGAUCUGAGUAGCACGUUGUGUCAUAACGGCAGGUGUGUGAAUGUGGUGGGGACCUACCAGUGCUCCUGCAACUCUGGUUACCAGACAACACCUGAUAGGAAAGAGUGCACAGACAUAGAUGAGUGUACGAUAGAGAAUGGAGGAUGUGAGCUGUACUGUAGUAAUUCGGAGGGGAGUUACUACUGCAGCUGCGGUCAGGGAUACGCUCUGACGCCAGACCAACGGACAUGUGCAGAUGUAAAUGAAUGUGAAGAGGAUGUUGGCAUCUGUGAAGGUGGUCAGUGCAUUAACGUCCCUGGAGCAUAUCAUUGUCUGUGUUUUGAAGGAUUCAUGACUUCUGCGGACAUGAGGACAUGCAUCGAUGUGAAUGAGUGUGAACUCAACAGCAACAUCUGUAUGUUUGGGGAGUGUGAGAACACCAAGGGUUCUUAUGUCUGUCAUUGUGAGAUGGGUUACGCUGUGAAGAAAGGAACCUCUGGCUGCACCGAUGUUAAUGAGUGCGAGAUGAACACUCAUAACUGUGACACACACGCCACCUGUGUCAACACAGCAGGACUUUACCGCUGCUCCUGCUGGGACGGGUGGUCCGGUGAUGGAGUCAAAUGUGCUGAUGUGGAUGAGUGUGCGAACAGGACUCACGUCUGCAGUGCUGAUGCCGAGUGUGUGAACACGGCAGGCUCGUAUCGCUGUGAAUGUUCAGACGGCUUUACUGGUGACGGAUUUACCUGCUCAGAUAUGGACGAGUGUGCUGAAGAUGUGGAUCUGUGUGAAAAUGGCCAGUGUCUCAAUGUUCCCGGCAGCUAUCGCUGUGAAUGUGAGAUGGGCUUCACACACACUCCGAACAGCAAGACCUGUCGAGAUAUAGACGAGUGUUCCUUCCAGAACAUCUGUGUGUUUGGCACAUGUCAGAAUAUUCCAGGAAUGUUUCGCUGUAUUUGUGAUAAAGGGUAUGAGCUGGACAAGACAGGUGGAAACUGCACAGAUGUGGACGAGUGUCUUGAUCCCAUCAGCUGUGUUAAUGGUCACUGCGAGAACACAGCCGGCUCGUACCAGUGUAACUGUCCCAUUGACUUUGAGCUCAACCCCACUGGAAUUGGCUGCGUUGACACGCGAAUAGGGAACUGUUUUCUGGAGGUGACAUACCCUGGACGUGGUGGGCUGGCCUGUAGUGGUGAGGUGGGGUUUGGAGUCAGUCGUUCGUCAUGCUGCUGUUCUAAAGGACAGGCAUGGGGUAACCCAUGUGACCUUUGCCCUCCGCUCAACACCUCGGAGUAUAACACACUGUGUCCUGGAGGAGAGGGGUUCAAACCCAACCCCAUCACCAUCAUCCUGGAAGAUAUUGAUGAAUGUCAGGAGCUGCCCGGCCUGUGCCAGGGUGGAAACUGCAUCAAUACAUUUGGAAGUUUCCAGUGUGAUUGCCCGACUGGAUACUACCUCAACACAGACAAACGCAUCUGUGAGGAUAUUGAUGAAUGUGUGCUCAGUUCAGGGGUUUGUGGUCCGGGCACCUGCUACAACACACUGGGAAACUACACGUGUGUCUGUCCACAGGACUACAUGCAAGUGAGCGGAGGACACAGCUGCAUGGAUAUGAGAAAAAGUCUGUGUUACCGUAACUACAGUGGUAGUACCUGUGAACACCAGCUCAAAUUUAACACCACACAGAGAUUGUGCUGCUGUGCCUACAAUGUGGGAAAAGCCUGGAACAAACCAUGCCAGGCCUGUCCGAGCCCUGGCACAGGUGACUAUAGAAGUCUUUGUGGCAGUGUGACCGGAUUCAAGAUUGAUUUUGAAACUGGAAAACCAAAAGAUAUUGAUGAAUGUCAUGAAAUCCCAGGUGUCUGUGCUCAUGGUGUGUGUAUAAACCACAUGGGCAGUUUCCACUGCGAGUGUCCCUCAGGCUUCAUUUACAAUGACCUGCUGCUCAUCUGUGAAGACAUUGACGAAUGCAGCAGUGGAGAGCAUGUGUGUCAGAUAAAUGCAGACUGCAUCAACCGUCCGGGCGGCUAUCAGUGUGAAUGCGCUGAUGGGUAUAGACUCACACCUGACGGAGCCUGCGCUGACCGUAAUGAGUGUGUGGAGACGCCCAGCGUGUGUCGUCAUGGUGACUGUGUGGACAUUCCAGGAGGAUACAAGUGUGUGUGUCACACCGGCUUUACAGCCACAUUAAACCACAGGAUGUGUGUAGAUGUUAAUGAGUGUUCACGUCAGCCGUGUGGGAAUGGCACGUGUAAAAACUCUAUUGGCUCUUUUAAUUGUAUCUGUCAUCAAGGAUUUGAUCUCACCAGUAAUAACUACUGUACAGAUAUUGACGAGUGUGUAGUUUUUCACUCUCAGCUCUGCAGGAACGGCCGGUGUGUUAAUAACGUAGGGUCCUUCCAGUGCCUCUGUAGAGAGGGUUAUGAACUCAGUCUUGAUGGAAAGACCUGCAUAGAUGUUAAUGAGUGUAUAAUGAUUCCUGGCAUAUGUGCUCCUGGAACUUGUCUGAAUCUGGAUGGUUCUUUCAGAUGUGUCUGUCCUGAUGGGUAUGUCGUCCACAAUGAGCACUGUGUAGAUGUGAACGAGUGUUCAGAAGAGCCCGGCAUCUGUGCGUAUGGCUCCUGUUUCAACAGUCUGGGCAGCUUUGAGUGCGUGUGUAAACCUGGAUUUGUGCUGUCAGAAGAUAGACGCAGAUGUUACGACACUAGAGAGAGCUUCUGUUUCACACGCUUUGAGAACGGCAAGUGCUCUGUCCCGCAGGCAUUCAACACCAGCAAAGCCAAGUGCUGCUGUAGUGUCAUGGCCAAAGAGGGCUGGGGUGACCCCUGUGAGCUGUGCCCUAAAGAACAGGAUGCUGCAUUUCAGGAUCUGUGUCCAUUUGGCCAUGGGAUCAUUCCUGGUGUUGGGGACACACGUGUAGACUUAAAUGAGUGUGUGGAGAAUCCAGAGAUCUGCGUAAACGGCCACUGCAUCAACACAGACGGCUCCUUCCGCUGCGAGUGUCCUGCGGGAUACACGCUCGACUACACAGGAACACGUUGUGAUGAUACUGAUGAGUGUUUAGUGGAAAACCCGUGUGGAAACGGCACAUGCUCAAAUGUGAUUGGAUCUUUUGAGUGUCUGUGUGAGGAGGGAUUUGAGCCUGGACCAAUGAUGAGCUGUGAAGAUGUGAAUGAAUGUGGUCAGAAUCCUCUGCUCUGUGCGUUUCGCUGCAUUAACACUUUCGGGGCAUAUGAAUGCAGCUGUCCGUCCGGUUACGCUUUACGGGAGGAUGGACGCAUGUGUCAUGAUGUAGAUGAGUGUGCAGAGGAUCUUCAUAACUGUGACUCCAGAGGAAUGGAGUGUAACAACUUAAUCGGCACCUUCAUGUGUGUUUGUCCGGCUGGGAUGGUCCGCAGGAUGGAUGACGAUGUGUGUCAAGAUGAAAAUGAAUGCUUGACUCGGCCUGGGGUUUGUGAGAACGGCCGAUGUGUAAACACUGUCGGCAGUUACACAUGUGAAUGUGGCACUGGGUUCAAAACUGACUCUACAGCCACGCAAUGUCUUGAUUACAGGAAAGGCUUCUGUUUCACUGAAGUUCUGCACACCAUGUGUCAGAUGUCCUCCAGCAGUCGUGUUCCUGUCAGCAGGUCUCAGUGUUGUUGUAACAGAGGCAGUGGCUGGGGGGAGCAGUGUGAGCUCUGCCCUCUGCCUUCCACUGCCAGCUACAAGAAACUCUGUCCAUAUGGCCAUGGCUAUGCCACUGACGGAACAGAUAUAGAUGAGUGCAAGCUGAUUCCAGGAGUUUGUGUCAACGGCGUGUGUAUCAACAUCAUGGGCUCUUACAGAUGCCACUGCAAACCAGGAUACAUGGCCUCAACUGCAGGAACUGCAUGUGUCGAUGUUGAUGAAUGUGGUAUGUCCCCAAAACCCUGUAACUUCAUAUGUAAAAACAUCGAGGGCAGCUAUGCGUGUUCCUGUCCCCGCGGUUACAUGCUGCAGGACGACAGCAGGACGUGUAAAGAUGUGGAUGAAUGUCAGAGUAGACAACACAACUGCCAGUUCUCAUGUAAUGUUGUGGGUGGUUUCCGUUGCAGCUGUCCACAGGGAUACACACAACAUCAGGAGUGGAACCAGUGUGUGGAUGACAAUGAGUGCUUGAACCCGGGCAACUGUGGUUCAGCUUCCUGUUUUAACACGUUGGGCAGUUUUAAGUGUGGCUGUCCAUCUGGCUUCACCUUUGACCCCGUGUCCACGAGUUGUGAAGAUGUGGAUGAGUGCGUGUCCUCCAUGAGCCCCUGCAGAUACGGCUGCUCAAACACACAGGGUGGAUUUGUGUGCGGAUGUCCUGCAGGAUAUUACAGAGCAGGACAGGGGCAUUGUGUAUCUGCUGCUGGUUUUGGGGGUGAUGGGCUUGGACCAGAAGAAAAUGCUCUUUCUCAUAAAACCUGCUAUGGCUGCAAAACAAAUGGACACCAGAAGAAAAGUGUCAGGAGAAGACACACUUCAAACUUUACACUGGAUGCAGUUAGUCUGGCCAGUGUGGACGUGGAUCAGCCACUGAAGUUAUUUCUCAAUUGCUCGCAACUCAAACCCAAAGCAGCCAUACUGGAGCUGCUGCCUGCUGUCAGACCCCUCGCCAAGCACGUCAUGUACACCAUCACAGCUGGCAACCAUGAUGGAUUCUUCCAGAUCAGACAGCGUGCAGGUGUCAGUUACCUGCACAGCACACACAGGACGUCCUCAGUGAGACACUACAUACUGCAGAUCAGAAGUUCUGCUCUCUCUAAUGACAUAGACAGAGAUGAGCGACUCGCUUCAGACCUGCUCAUGACACUCCACAUUAUACUCCAGUAGAGAGUGUCUAAACGUGUCUGAUGAUAAGCUAACUGCUCUCUAAGAUGCUUAAAGUUGCAUUGUGAAUGUCUGAAUACGUGACGACUGAUCAAAACACAGAAUUUUUAUAUGAAGCUAAUCAUAUUUUCUAUCCGCUAAGCCUCACAGAAAACAGUUGUCAUUUUUUGAAUUGAAUAAAACUGUUUUUAAGCCUUUCAAAUUUCUAACUUGGUGUUCACAAAUUGUUUACAUCAUAAUGCCCAUGAUAUUGUACACAAUUGUCUUCAUUAAGCAUGUAUACAAAAACACUAUUUGGGGAUAUAUUUUCUAUUCUUAAACAGUAGAUACAGAAAAGCACACUAAGUGUGGAAUUUGCAUAGCGGUUGGAGGCUAUUACGUGGAUUAAAAAAAAAUAAUUUAUAUAUAUAUAAAUCCUCAACAUUUUGAACUGUGACUCUGUCUCCCUGUUGCAAAAUAGUUCAUUCUUCUCAAUUAUAGUGAUUAAGUCGAAUAUGGUUGACUGGAGAUCAUUGUAACAUGUUUUGUUUAACUAUAAAUAACUGUCUACUAUAAAUAGCAUAAAACAGAUUUCACUGUAAAUUCUACUAGGCGUAGAUUGUCCAGACAGUAAAUAAACCUGUUAAACUGUA